AAGUUUCUUAACAUUCGACAAUGGCUUCUCAUCAUGGUACGGGCAGCGAUUAUUCACCAGAACCAUACCAUUUCUUCAAAAUCAUUCUUGAAAGUACCAUUCGAGAUAACAGACUUGGGAUUCCUCGCAAGUUUGCAAGAGAUUAUGGGAAUACACUGUCAAGCCCAGUAUUCUUUGAGGUUCCAAAUGGUGAAGUGUGGGAGUUGGAACUGAUAAAACUUGAGGAUGGAAUUUGGGUGCAGAAUGGCUGGCGAAAAUUCGUGGAGCAUUACUCGUUGGAGUUGGGACAUUUCAUGGUUUUUAGGUACCAAGGGAAUUGCCGUUUUCAUGUGCUCAUAUUCGAUAGAAGUGCCUCUGAGAUUCAUUACCCACAUGCAAAUGACAAGGAGGGAAUUCACCAACAAGCUGUACCGAAGAUUGAAGAAGAAGACUCAGUGCAUAUCAUGAAUAACAACUCUACAGGUAGGAGAAAGAUUAUGAGAGCUGAUAAUGAUGGGUAUUCAGCUGGAAAGGGAGAGGUGAAAAAAGUGAAACUUGGUGAAAAAUCUAAAGCUCUUAUGAGGGCUCGUAGUGCCUUCAAGUCUGAAAAUCCGUUCUUUUUGGUUUUCAUGCAACCAGCAUAUGUUGAUCUUCAUUACAAGCGUAGCCGUUCUCUGUAUGUACCUAGAGAGUUUAGCAGGAAAUAUUUGAUGGACCAUGGUCAUGUAGUUCUCCGUGAUUCUGAUGGCAAAACUUGGUCCGCCGAGUACCGCACUAUCCUAGGACGUAACGAACGACCCUAUGUUAAACUCUGCAGUGGUUGGGGCGCUUUUGUACGCGACAACAACAUACAAUUUGGUGAUGUUUGUAUAUUUGAGUUAAUUGAUUGCAUUGACAUCUCAUUCCAAGUGUUCAUUUGUGGCGGUAAUCAUCGAUCAGUUGCGAAAUUAGAUGCUGGAAUUUCAUCUACUCAUCAGGAAUGCCUGGGGCCAUUGAAGCUCCAUGAAGCUCUGGAAUUGCCAUCAGAAGUAUCUCCUGAGGUCGAUGAUAAUCAGCAUGGAACAUCAAAGACUCAAACCGGAGAGGAUGGCUUAAGAAGUGAGAAAACAGAAUGCAAUGCAUACCCUGAAUCAAGUGCAUUGCUAUUCUCAAAGAACAAAACAAAGUUUGAGAAAGGGGAGCCUACUGUGAUCAGCCUUGAUGUCCUCUCUUCAAGGCGUGAGCGUCCUCUUGUUGGUAGUAAGCCACCAGUUACCCCUCUGUCAUCCCCCUUGCCUCCAUCUUCCAGCCCCGGCCGCUUCUCAAGGUUGCAAAAUACUACUCCAGCGACUUAUUCAGAGGCGGCUUUGGCGAAAAAGGCUGAGCUUUUGGAGGGUGUGGGACUGAAGGUUGGCAAAUCAGAGGUGUAUACUGAAGAGCACGAGAAGCUUUUGGAUUUAUGA